AUGGCUCCAUUGACCAGCGACCCAGCGGCGGCCUACAACGACACCGUCCUUGUCAUGCAGGACCCAAACAGCCCCUGGGCAAUGGACCUCAACACCACAGUCACCAUCGUCUUUGGUAUCCUCAGUCUGAUACUCCAAGCAGGGCAGUUUUGCUAUGGACGAAGGCAGAUCAGGACGACGUGGUACAUGGUGCAGCGUUCGAAAUCCCCGACGUCCCUAUGCCACAGCGUGUGCCAGCGCGCCAGUUACCUAUCCACAGGGGGUCUGCGCGUAGCAUGCGCCCGCCACAACGGUCGUCCCCAAUCGAGGCAUUUCACAUCAGACCUGCCCGACAGGACAGAACCCCUGACGGAUAUGGAUGGUCGCCUCCGGCAGGCACUUUCCGCAGGAGAAACCCUUCGCAGUUCUCCAGUAGUGGCCAAUGGGGAGGCGGACCGAGCUUGUCUGAUCGUGGAAGGCACCCCUCCCAGUAUAAUCACAAUCGGAGCGCAAGAUACUUGGAACAAGGCUGCGAGAAUUAAGUGUUCUCUGAUUAGGUCCAACAAGGUCCAUGAUUGGACCGCCGACGACCAAGACUGGCAAGCAAAGCUGGUGCCUAUGGGCGUCGAAGGAUUCGAGGGAGAUCCUGCCUGUGCGGUGCGGAACGCAGUUGGGGGCCUCGGAAAAUACAGGUUGCAGGAGGCUGUGGAAAACUACCACAGUAUGGGCAGUCAAGAGAGCUCCAACGGUGGCCAGCCUGUUCCCGAUAUUGCUCAGCGAGACCAUGCUAGCCUGGUUGGUGGCAUGCCCCAAGGUACGAUCCACACAUGUAUCCUUCUCCCUGGCUCAUACCAGGCGGCUUAUGAGCUCAAGUGGCCCUGCUCGAUGGGGACCGCUCUUGAGGCUGAGAUAUCCGCACAUGGCAGGAGGGAUGACUGCCUUACCGGCAAAGAGCUCCUGUGUGAUUCGCCGAGACGCUUCAGUCGCGGACACGAUCAUGAUCAUAAUAAUGACCUGCGCGUCCAGUACGUAGAAUUGAGAACACCUGCAUUUGGUCCGACGAAGAUACACAUGUCACACUCUGACGAACAAGCCGUGCAAAACCCAGCAGAGGAGAUCUGUCUGGCCAUUUGA